ACUCCAUUCCUGUCACGCAGUCGGUCGCGGGCCGACCACGGAUUAAAAGAUUCAUUCCCUGCGGAUUCGCGAGGCCCGUCGAGGUCUUUGUGACGAGGCCGGAUCGGGCUUUUCCAUUUCUUGGUCCCUUUGCUCGAAGGCUUGAAAGACCCGCUCUGACAGUCGGCGACGAGAGAGGGAGAGCAGGGCAGGGGAGGGAGGGAGUGAGGCGGGGGGGGGGGUCGAUUGUGGCAAGUUUCUUUCGAGAGGUUGAGGAGGGCAGAGGACGAGGCUCUCGGAAGAGACGAGAGCGCAGGUUUGGCGAGGGCAGCUUAUCGCAACGAGGCUCGUGGUCGCUGCUGCUGCUGCUCUUUCUUUCUCUCUUUCUCUCUCGCUCUCUCUCUAUCUCUCUCUGUGCCAGAAUCAGGAACGAGAGCAGCGGGCGGAGCAGGGGGGGCGAGGUCAGCGAGCGCCUCGUGAUUUUGGUCGUUUGUUUUGCGACGCGGGUCGGCGGGAGGGAGGGAGUGUUAGUUGUUGGAGUUAGUGCGAGAGGCUCGUAAGCUGGCGGUUGGUGGAGAAAUUUGUGAGGGUGAUGGUGAUGGUGAUGGUGGGCGCUUGCGUUGGAGAGCGAGGUGCUGUGGCUGUUGCUGUCUAUGACUUUGGGAAUUGAGUUGAAGGUGGAAUUUGAUCCGAUCUCUUUAGUCACAGGUUUUAGAGGAUUACAGGUCGGGGAUGUGGAGACGAGCGCUGGAGCGAGGAAUGUGAGAGGUUCGCAACAGGAUGACAUCGAACGAAGGACGCCUGCGGUUGGACAGGACUUUGACAUCACCUGCGUUUUCUUAUAAGGAGAGCGUCAACCUUAUUGUUAAAAGGCAUCUUGUGAAGUCGUCUCUCGCCGAUGCUGGGCAUGAUGGUAAAGUAGGUGCGAAUGAAUUGGCUCUAGGAGGAAAAUAUUUUGAAGAAGUCGCACAGCACUGGUCCAACAAGAUUUGGACAUUUUUGGAAGCAUUGAAGAGUGCGAGCGCUGAACGCAUUGAAAAGCUCUCAGCCUCCGAAGACACCAGUGGUUCUUCGAGGGAAUGGAAGCUCAAAGAUCAGAACGAUCGUCACAGGGUGAUGUACCGGGAAGGACCUAUAGGAACGCCCUUUCAUACCCUGUGCCUGGAUGGGGUUAUGGACGGGAAUAUGGCCAAUGCUCUAUGUGUUGGCUGGGAAGUUCCGAACUACAAGGAUUGGUUUCCUCAGUUCACGGUACCCACAUUUAAAAUAACGGAGGCUAAAUGGCUGCGCAAGGUCCGAGUAGGGGAGGCUCUGUCAUUACUGCGGCUGAAAGUACCAUGGCCUGUUUCGCCAAGAGAGAUUGUCAUGUCAUCCUUCGAGCUGGAAUAUUUCGAAGAGGACAUCAUUAUUGUUCUUCUUGAAUCGGCUCCGGAUGCUGAUGAGAUUAAUGAGAAGCUCCACGGAUUCAGUGCCGAUGAUCUGCCUGCACCUUGUCAAAACGUGCGGAUGAACUUGUGUGGAGGAUUUAUAAUGCAGAAAAUGAAUGCUGAUCAGUUUUUUUUCCGUACAAUAGCUGAUCUGGACAUGAAGCUUGAUUUUGUACCUCCCAUGAUAAUCAAUUUCAUAUCCAGGCAGUUGGCCGGGCAAGGACUGAAGCUGUAUCAAAAGUUGAUCACGGCUGUAGGUCACGGAACAGGAAGUGGGAAGGUUUUUCAACCACUUUUGAAAACAGAACCUCUAUAUGAUCGAGUUAAAGAGGGUUUGGAUGCGAAGGCUGCGGCAGAUGGUGAGCCUUUCGUCUCCUUGCCCAUUGAAAGGCUACCAGCAUUUAAAGAUAGCGUGAAGGCGAAGACCUUGCAAGGCAGUAUAUUAAGAAUUGGGAGCUCCGAAAGUUACAGGGUUGUCCCUUUUCCUGUUAAAACAGAGGAGGAGGGUUCCAUUGUGGAAAACGAGAUUGUUCCGAAGGUCGAAAUUACACAGAUCUCUCAACAAUCUGAACUUCAGACGCCCUCGGCACCUCAACCUCACAUUAUAACCCAUGAACCUGUUAAAACUGAGCCAGCGAAGAGCAGCGAGAUUAAGUCCACUAAGAAAGACUCGAUAAUAGUGGAAGGAGAAGAAGCGAGAGAGUACGAAGAUCCUGAAGUGGAAUGGGCGGUGACCAUUCUGGACAAGAUGAUAGCUUACAGCCGAACGUGUGCCGUUGGAAGCGGAGCCGAUGCCACACCUAACAAUGCGACAGUUGAUAAAACCAACCCCUCCUUACUCCCAGCUGAUGUACCGAAGCCACACGUAGAAAUUUGUAGAUCGGCUGCAUUACCGACAGAUGUGACGAAGGUACAUGUAAAUAUAGAUAAGGGAAAACCUCCUCUGACUCCUGUAAAGAAUCAGAAUCUUAAGAAAGGUCAAGUUUCGAAAUCACCCCAGUCAGCUUUGGUGAAGACCCCUCAAAGACUGGUGAAGCAAUCACCGAGCAUGCUUCUGUCUAGUGGGGAGAUUGAGACUUCCGGUAUGUCAGGUUUUCUAUCAGCCAGUGAGAUUGAAGUUGUCUCUGGAUUGGACGAUACCGAUGCUGAAACUGGAGCUAGUAGCAGGAUGUCAUGUCCGUCGAGCGGGCAAGAACCUGAGGUACAAAGCAGGCGAAGGCGCAAUAGGUGGCGUUGGGGAGCCUGCUUUUCUCCCAUCCUCAUGUCCAAGAGACAUCACCGUCGUAAUAAAUCAGGUAUGGGGGACUCUGGGAGAGCGUCGGAGGGUCACUGGAGAUCCACUGUCGGCGAUUCAGGCCGGUCUCUUAACCAGCGGGGCUACGUCACCGAUGGUGACGAAAGAUAUGGUAGCCAUGGUGAAGAUUACCCGCCAGGUAGUGAUGGGCGAUUUGUUACUCUCGGUGAGCUGUUGAUGGACGAUGGGCGCUGACAAAUUUUUUUUCUUCAUUACGGCCAAUUCAAGGCCAAUCUUUGAGCACUUCUUCCGUCUUUGUAGAGGUCCGCUUAUUAACUGGUUACCUCUAGGCAGUCGGGGGAGUAAGAUUAUUGCAGGUGGACAUCAAGUUUUGCUGAUUCAUGUGGACCUUCUCUGUCAGUCAAUUAAAUUUUUUUUGCAGUAGGUAGUUUGAGGUAUAUAGUCGAUAGGAUCCAGAGAAAGUGUCAUGCAUAGGUCUUGCAUUUUCAAUGAUUGUUCUCCUGGACUUAAGUCUUGGCUUCAGUGCGACAUGAAGUGAAGGUGAUGUUAGAAUAUUUCGCUGAGUACGGCGUCUUAUUUAUGUCGCUGUGGUGCUAAUUAUUCCCCACCUGAAGUGACCAUAAAAUCUUAAAGAAAACGUCCAGGAAGUGCUAAACGAGAAAGUUUAGUCGUGGUUGCACUUCCUGGGGAUCUUCGGAGAUUGUGGGUGUAUUAUAAAUAAGCCUGAUUGAUGUGCUUAGAAGCUCAUCAUCAAUCAAACACGAGCAGACUCGGAAGGCAAUGUACUUAUAUUUUUACCUGAAUUCCAGUCACAUAUUUAUUUUCCAGCUGUCAAGCUGGAAAGUGCAUUUUUC